CUUCUGUCACUGGGUAGACCAAAAACUUACAUAGAUAGUGCGGUUCUGGAGAAGUAUGAAGUAGCUUUUUGCUACUUUUGCACACUCAUUUCUGAAUUACCAGUUUUUCUCUAUAAUAAAUAUAAGUGAAACUGCUUUCCACAUUGCCUAUUGGCUGCUUCCAAGCACUGCCCUGAGAGAUUUCAAAAAACAAGCUGCUUCCCUGAAUGUAAAAGCCCUCACUGAAAUAGCAAGUAACAGGAAAAGAGUAAGUCAGGCAUUAUCAGUGACAGAAUUUCAUAAUGUAUGCUUGUGUGCAUAGAGACAAACACAUGCUAGGAAAGACAAAACUAUAAAAAAUGUUCAGAGUUCCCAGAUACCUUGCAAACAGCGUGUUUCCUUAAAUCAUGGAUAAAAUGUACUAUACUUGUUAAGUUGCUGUGGCAUCUGAGCCCAUCCAAUAACAUCUGACAGAUAUUUAUCUCUGGCUGACAAACCACACUGAGCAAGUUGAAAAUCCCCCGGUUACACCGUCCUUGAUAUCAUUUCCUGUGAGGUAAGUCUGAAGAACCAAUUCACGCAUACAGGCUCUCUGUGUAGAGGCAGGCUGGCAUAGCUCAUGAAUUAAGAUGACACCUGUCUGACAUAAUGUUUGGAGAGUGACAAACAUUGUAUGGGACACUGGUGCUUUUAUAAGUGAGAGUGGACCAGAAAAAUGCUUUAAUACUGAGAGAAGACUGGACGGUCUUCUCAGAGAGAAGACAGAUGAUGUGAUGGUCUCUUUGCUGUGCACUAGGCAGACAACUGAGAUUACUGCACAUUCUUCCUUAACACCUGUGUUUGGUUGUUUCUAAUCUUUCCCUCCCUAAAGCUGAUGCCUGUUGGACAAGCCUAGGAAGACAGGAACACUGGGUUUAAAGGAAUGCAAAUGCCUGCUAAGAUGGCACUGGCUGGUUCAAUUUCUAGCAAACCGGUACCACCACGCUCCAAAAAAGUGUCUGCAGCAGGAGUGGAAGUGAAUCAGAGCAAGCUGGAUCUUUUCUGCAAGCUGGGCUAUGGUAAGCAGGACAUCUGCAAAGUGCUGGAGAACCUGGGCCCAGAGGCCCUGGAGGAUGAUGUGUUGAAAGAACUGAUUCGGAUGGGAAGUAAACCUCAAGCUCCGGAGAACCAGGUUCAGCCUUCCCCACUAAAACUUGUUGCCCGUGGAUCAUGUAGCACUACACCAGGGUUGAAGUGGCUUGGAGAAGACGAAAGUAAUUCUUCCGAUUCCUUGAGACCCAUUGUGAUUGAUGGCAGCAAUGUUGCAAUGAGCCAUGGAAACAAAGAGGUAUUCUCCUGCUGGGGGAUCCAGCUGGCGGUGGAUUGGUUUCGAGAGAGGGGGCACACAUACAUCAAGGUCUUUGUCCCACUCUGGAGAAAGGAGCCCCCUCGACAAGACAGUCCCAUUGCAGAUCAGCACAUUCUUGAAGAGCUCGAAAAGCAAUCGAUCCUUGUCUACACACCAUCUCGGAAGGUGAAAGGCAAGAGAGUAGUUUGCUACGAUGAUCGUUAUAUAGUGAAAGUUGCUUAUGAAAAAGAUGGAGUCAUUGUUUCCAAUGACCACUACCGGGAUCUCCAAAAUGAAAACCCUGAAUGGAAAUGGUUUAUUGAGCAGCGACUACUCAUGUACUCUUUUGUCAGUAACAGGUUUAUGCCUCCUGAUGAUCCGUUAGGCCGGCAUGGACCUACUCUUGAUAACUUCCUCAGCAAAAAGCCAGUGCUUCCUGAAAAAAAAUUGCAGCCUUGCCCCUAUGGUAAAAAAUGCACCUAUGGCAAUAAAUGCAAAUUUUACCAUCCAGAGAGACUACGUCAAGCUCAGCUUUCAGUUGCUGAUGAGCUCAGGGCCAAAACAAAGGUCCUGUUAACCCUGGGGAAAGAGGAGGAGAGAUGUAACUGCUCACUGUACAAGACCAGAGGAGAGCCUGCACCCUGUGAAGCCUGCACAGAAACUCUGCAAGAAGCCAGAGGCGGUGCAGGGCCUUCCUCCUACUCAGGGAGUUCCCAGAGGAGCUGUCCUGAGCAGAUAUCCAGUGCCUGGGCUGGUGGUCCCAGCUCUGACCUGGGGCUGGACCAGUGCUUGCCACAGCCAGAGCCGCUGCGAGACCAGCCGCUCCUGGAGCAGAUGUCAGCCAUGUCCAUUGGUGAUGGCACCUACAGCUAUAACUGGUCCAUACAAACCUCUCAGGACAGGGAGGUGAUGGACAACCCUCGUCACUGCGGUGACCUCAGGCACAAGCUGUUCUCACUUCACCACCCUCAUAGCUUGGACCACACCUGCUCACUGGGGCGCCCUUUCCAGCAAACAGUGCUCCCCGCUGGGCGAGGCGGGAUGUGCCCAGAGCACAGCUGGCCUCAUGAGUGCUGCGGCAUGCAGAGAACCGGGCAGAGGAGCUGCUAUGUCCCCGACGGUGCUCAGCACAAACAGACCCUGGGGACUCAGCAGCAUGUUUUGCUGCAGUCCACAGUUCUUCCCCCUGACAUGCUUCACUUGUACAGUGAGCACCAGCUGCAGCAGCAGCAGCAGCACUGUUCCCCCAGCCAGCCCCCACGGCAGCCCUUCCUGUUAGACUCCAGCCACAGACUGGGCUUCUUCCAGAAAGCCCGUGCUUACCCCAGUGCUUCUUACAGUGACUACUGGUGUGCCCCAGCUGAAAGGCCAUCCUCUGCCCAGCAAGUAAACAUACACAGGGAGCUGUGCUCCCUUUUUCCUUACAGCGAGAUGAACCAGGUCAUGACUUUGUACCCUGAUAUCAAAGAUAAGGGGACUGGAGCUCCUCCCCUAUGAAGACGGGCUGAGAAAGUUGGGGCUGUUCAGCCUGGAGAAGAGAAGAUUGCUUAGAGACCUCAUAGCACCUUCCAGUAUCUGAAGGGGGCUUAGAAGGAAGCCAGAGAGAGACUCUUCAUCACGAACUGUAGUGAUAGGACAAGGGGGAAUGGCUUCAGACUGAAAGAGGGUAUGUUUAGAUUAGAUGUGAGGAAGAAAUUCUUUUCUGAGGGUGGUGAGGCAUUGGAACAGGUUGCCCAGAGAAGUGGUGGAUUCCCCAACCCUGGCAGUGCUCAAGGCCCAUGUUGGAUGGAGUUCUGAGCAACCUGCUCUAGUGGAAGGUAUUCCUGUCCAUGGCAAGGGGGUUGGAAUUAGAUGAUCUUUAAGGUCACUUCCAACCCAAACCAUUCUAUGAUUCUAUCGUAUUGCUUGUUUGGCUUUACUGAUUCAAAAACACAGAAACCUGUGAAAUCUCUAGAGCAAACCUUUCCCAAUAAGCACAAGUCCUAGGGCAAACAGAUGCUACUCUGAGGUUUAACUAAGUGUUAUUGAAGUGUGUUAUGGCAAGGGUUGCAGCUGUUCCAGGAAUACAAGUAUCAACCAGCUAUGUUGCACAGGACAUCUAGUCAAGGCAAAGGCUGUCGUCCACUGCAGUGGGAUCGCAUUCCACCUCCCAGGAAAGGGAACAGCAAGGUUUGGGGUAACUGGGCUGUCAGCAUUUGAACCUCACUGGUGACUGGAUUCAGGAUGGCAUAGAGUUUCAUUAAUGCCCUGAAACAUAAGGCAUGUUUUUGAAGUCCCAACCUGUUGUUCAACUUCCACUGUCCUCAGUAACGGGCUCCCCCAUGACCUCCCCGUGACUACUUGCUCAGCUAGCAUAGAAAACUAUUUGGCCAUUUUCCCCUAACAUAGGGCUGUGCUCUCUGCUAGAAGGCAUCUUUGGGUCUGUGUUAUUAGCUGAUACAAGCCCAGCCUGAUAUAAGUGAGCUUUCAAAGACAUAUUUCAUGUUUAUUAAGCAAUGCUGAGAACACACAGAAUCACUAGCAGAAGUGGUGGAGCUACACCAGAGCCCUUGAAGGGAGCUGCAGGUACAUUUCUCAGGUACCACGCACAACAUAAGUCAACUCAAGGAAGUCAUCUUCAGUGUAACUCCUGAUGUGGACUGAGGGCUAAGGGUUGGUAAUUAAAAAAAUUCAGAAAUCCAAAUGAUGCCAAGAGGAGAAAAAGAAGAAAAAAGCCUUAAAGUGUCUCUUGUAUUGAAUAAGAAAACUAUUGUUGACUUAACCCUUUAUUACUAAAUGUGGCCCCAUAAUGCAAUUAUACAGAUAAUUUAUGAUUACAAAUAUUUAAAAUAUGUCCUGUUGGGACAUGUUUGAUUUUCAGUAAGCUGUAAAGCUGCUAAUUUCUGUAUUAUUCCACUGAAUUCUUCAGGUUAUAAUUCAAAUACUAAGGUUGACCCUGAGGGGUUUUGGCAUUAUACCAAAGUUUAAGUAUGUCAGUAUGACAUGUUUUAAAAAUGCUUUAACACAUUAUAGAACGUUCAUCUAUAACACUUUGUUCUGGAUAAUGUCUUCCUUAUUUUCUGGGGCUUGUUUGGGUGUUUUCUUGGUUUCAUUUGUUGUUUGGUUUUGUUUGUUUUCCAAUCCUCUUAGCACUGAUGCUUCAUCAUUCAGGUGGGAUUUUCAAACUCUCUGACUCUGAAGUAUUUAAUUUCUCUGAAGUGCAAUCAGUAUUGCUGGUUCCAGGCAGGAAUUAAACAUGGUCAUCACUGAGAAGCUGGAAUUCUCUUGCUUUUGAAAAUGGAGUAGUAAUUUACAUGUAGUGACAUUAUCACACAAUGCAUUUUUUGAAAGCGGUUUUCCCUCUGGAAACCACCACCAGCUCUUUUUUUUUGGUGGUGGUGUUUAAAGAAUCUUCAGGAAAUAAUAUACUGCAUCUGUUCAAUUUCUUUUGCCAAUGUGGUUGGCUCCAAGAAAUUAUAAUUUGGAGUUUGGAGAUAUGAUUUAUCUUCACAGAACUUGACAGUUUUUUCCAUUUGUCAUACGGAUUGUCAGAAUGGCUUAUAAACUUACCCACUGCAUAUUACAUAAAGAUUAGAAAUUGUAUUGAAAAAACCCUAUGGAAUAAAUUCCCCACGAAGUGCUUUGAAAAGUACUUCAGUUCUACAGCCAUGGUUAUUUGCACUGUGAUACACAAUGCAUCUCACCUACACAGAAGCAACUUGAGAUAUUUCAUGGAUUAAAUGCCUACAUUGUGCCUGGGCACAUCAGCUUGCCUUGCAACCUGUACCAGGUCUUUCUCAACUACUGCUGUACACAUACAUACACUUGCAGAGUGGAAAAAUACCUUUCACCUACUCAAACAAAGCAAGUCCCAAAUGACAGCAUUCAGAAAAUAUACCACAGCAACAGACCAGGAUAUAAUUGUUACAUGUCAACAUUUAUUUUCAUGUCUGGAGUGUACAUAUAUCUUCUGACACAGAAAGCAUUUAAAAAUCUACAGGAAAAUUGGCACACUGCCUCUAUAUGGUGCCCUCAGCUUGCUGGAGACGUGCAUAAGCUUUUCUCCUUUUCCUUUGAGGAUGCACAGGAAUUUGGUGGUUGUUCAAAAGCCUCUCUCAAUGUUCAAGAACUUAUUUUUCUUUCACUUCUGUCUUAUUUACUGAGGAAUCUUUUAGUAAAGUACAUAGAAUGUGCAUUCUGC